AUGCUUGAUACCCCAAAUCUAGCUUACUUCAAAUACGGUAACCUUGUAAUAGCAGGGCAUCCACUGGAGAAUCUGAAAUCUAUGAACAGCGCUUUUAUUCAAUCGGCAUUCUCCAAUUUUCGAAAUUAUGCAACAGCAUUAUUUAGAGGGAUCAGUAAUGUCCAUUCACUAGUUCUGACAUAUAAUUCUCUUAAGAUAUGUGAUUAUUAUCGUGAACAGUCAAGUUGUGAAUAUGCUGAUCUUCUGAUAAAUGUUAAAUGGUCAAGUUCAAUGGAUAAAGGACUUGAAAUUUUACUGUCAAGUUCGCCUGAACUCGAAAAACUUGCCUGUCAUCAGGAAGUUCUCAGCAAGCUGCCCGAAAAAGUGGUUUAUUGUUUGUUGUCUAAACUAAAGGUAAUGGAAAUUUUAGGCUUUAGAAACGAUAAAGAUGUUAUUGAGAAGGCAAAGUAUAUCCUAAAGAAUGUUGGAGCUCUACAGAAGUUGACUAUACGUACACUAUCAAACAUUUCUAAAGCAAAAAAAUUGAAGAUGUUAGAAGUGUUGUUGGGUUCACCAAGGGAAUCAAAGCAUUGCUGCAUCUUGAUUGUUUGA